AUGGAUGAGGAAGAAGGUGCUGCUGAGCGUUUGGCACAUCUCUGCAAUAAACUGGGUAAGUUAAUGUACGAAAAUGAUAUGAAUAUUCUAGAUGAGGAACUUUCAGAGGAAAAAAUCAUGGAAUGUCGGGUCUCUCUUAUUGGGCAACUUUUCCAAAACCCUAGCGUAAAUUUCCAAGCACUCCAAACAGCUAUGAAGAAGGCUUGGAGGAAUGAGUAUGUAGAGGUCAAACCCCUCGAAAAUGGCAAGUUCAGUUUUGCAUUUCGUAAUGAAGGAGAAAAGAAUCGAGUGCUGGAAGGAGGUCCUUGGUCUUUUUCUAAUCAUUUACUGCUCUUGAAACCCUGGGAACCGGAUACUCCUCUCCAUUGUUAUGAGUUCAAGACCUGUGCCUUUUGGGUUAGAAUUUUUGGACUCCCUCUUAAAUGGAAUUCUGAAGGUAUGGUAAAGAAAAUUGCUAGCUCGAUGGGGAAGGUACUAGAAGUGAAAAUAGAUGCUCGAGGCCCUGCAGCUCAAAGAAUUGGGAAAGCGAGAGUAGAAAUGGACAUGGAUACUGAACUGAGAGUUGGACAAUUGAUGCGACACCAAAAUAGGAAGGUCUGGCUUGAUUUUAAAUACGAAAGGCUGCCUUUCUUUUGUUACUCGUGUGGGAAGAUUGGACACUAUGCUAAUUACUGCAAAGACAUUCCCUAUGAUGCAGAAAAAUUUACGAUAGAGUUGGGAAGUUGUUUUGGAAGCUGGCUGAAAGCUGAAACUCCAGGGCACAGUCCCUUUUGGAAAGUUUUCUACAAGAAGGAAUCUAUGGUAGAAGAAAUUGAAGAGAGUAUCCCUGAAACUCCUGAGCACCAAAGGCAAAAUGCGGUUAUGGAAGAUGUUCAGCCCAUCUCUCCCAGUAUUAAUUCCAACAUACAACAGAGAGAUCAAAUGAGGACAGAUCCCUACUACACGCAGGAGAUAACAAUGCAUAAUUCUGGUAAAAGAGCACUUCUGCUUACAGGCCCUACUCAUGAGAAAGGCUUGAAUUCUCAGCCUGCCCAAACAAGUUCAGAAGGCAACAGAAAGAAGAGCCGUAAGGAACCAAAAACUCUCUCAACCAAAAAACAAAAGAGGUUCAGUCCUUACAAUUCACUACCUAAAACCCCAACUUGGCUGGAUGAAACUCAACUUCUUGAAACACCUGUUCGUACAACGGAAGAAGUCGCUGCAUGGGCUUUGGUGGCUAGCCCUAAUAAGCCACCAAGUGAACCAUGA